AUGCGAGUCGCUCUGUCCAUUCUGGCAGGAGCGCUGCUCGUGCCUUCGGGUGCCUGCUUCGGCGCUCGUGGCGCUGCAGAGCGAGCGUCAUACUUCUCGACUUAUAUGGGUGAAGAGGUUUUUGAGAAUGCUGGAGACAGGAAGAUCGCCACUGGCUGUUUCGGCACCAGGACGGGUAUCCGGGGUCAGGCAAAUCGUUGCAACCUCAUCGAAUUCCUCAACUAUAUCCGUGACGAAGUUACAGACGGGAAUCUGGCACUCAAGGACGAUGUUGCUAUCGGCGACCGAAGCGUGAACCAGGCAAAGUACCAGUACUUUCCCAACCCGUGGAACCCCAACCCCCCAACGCAGAUCUGGACCGGCCGCGACUGGGGCCAGAUGGGACAGUUGGAGGGCAUGACGCCAGUCGACCGGGCCAAGUGGAUCACCGACAUGGUGGAUCAAGCCAACAUCAAGAAAAUGAAUGUCAUGUUCGACAUCCCCAGCGACCGGCACCCGAGCUACGCAGAAUUCGUCCGGCGCAACCCGGGCUGGACCGUCGGCAGCACGCGCAAGGGCGAGGGCAACGUCAAUGGGGUGCCUCAGAUGAGGCCUGGCAACAACAUCGCGUGGCAGAACGUGCAAAAUAGAGAUACAAUCCUUUACACGGGGAAUGUGAAUUACCAGCGUCUUGAGGGCAUUGCCCGGCCCGCCGGCAAGCCGUCGUGGGAGGCAAUGGUGGCGGCCUGGCCUGGCUAUCAACAGCGCGUUAACAACGCCAUCAACUCUGCCACCGGUCUCGACCAGGCUACCAAGGACAGGCUCACUGGAUGGAAAGAUACAUGCAUCAAGAGCUAUGACAUUGUUGUCGAGCUGCGCAAGAUGGGCCUUGACGAGGCCGUACACACUCAGCCCCGAACGGGAAAUCACCAGACCUUCUCCCAAUACUGGGCUGGCGACAUCAUCACGACAACCUACAACUCGCCCACAGGCUACUCGUGGAGAAUCAUGGAUAGUGUCGCCACCAUUCAAGCCGCCGUCGAUAGUGGCAGGUUUGCAAACAGGGAGGCGGCUGAAAAGGCAUUCUUCACAGCCUGGGGUCAAUACACUGCCCAGGACUCCGUCAUUGAUCACCAGGACGUGUUCCAGAAGUGGCGAAACUCCGCUGCUGCUGCUGCAUCCUGUUCGUGA